AUGGGAAAUGCAAAUUCCACCUCUUUCAAGGGUGCCGAUGGUGCGGCUGCAGCUUCUGCAGACAAUACGAUUGAUUCCACAUUCAAGCGACAAUACAGUCAUCAAACCGGACACGUUCAAGGCAACGGUGUCGCAGCAGUACACCCUUCCUCCACAGCUGCGCGGCAGACGUCCGAUCGGCUAUCUUCAGGCUCGAGACUAGGCAGGACUGCUUCCUUUUUCGGACGUGCCAGCAGCCACGAUGGUGCUACUGCUCCCCAAUCCACCCGUUCACGCAGCGGAAGCCUCACCGGGUUCCUGGUCACACAAAGAAGAGGCUCUACCACAGCCGCUUCUGUGGCCGGGGAUGUGUAUGCUGCCGUCAAGGAAGGCAACGAGCCGACAUCAGGUUCUGUGCCUUCUGCAUCCUCUUCGUCUCUGUCAGCGUCAAAUCAGCCCAAUUCUUUUGCCCAAUACGAGAUAUCUAAUUCUGCUUCUGGCUCCAGCAUCGAAACGGCGAUUCGAGCAAACCCGCGCACCCGCCGCCUCACCGAAGGUCUCACUCUCCCCCAAUCGCCAGGAGGCUUCGAUCCUCGUCACUACGUAUCGCCGCAUCCAAGUCCAUCCGUCGCAACACAAGCCCACUAUGCCGCAGGCCUUCCCAGCCAUCACGCGAAUGUAGUCGUUUCGAGCGGUCUGCGAGUUUCUUCAACAGGCAUCGACGCUGACGCCAUGCCUGCCUCCACCUUCAGAGGAUCUGAACCUCAGCAGGUGCCUAGUACAGCCGCUCGAGCUCCAUCUCGCCAUCCUCUUUUUGGUCUGGGCGGAACCAGCCUCUUUCCCAACGUCGGCACCAGCAUCGGUACCAACCCAGCCGCAUCCCCACCCAUCGGUGGCUCGAGUCCAGUGCUCUCCUCACAGCCGCUCAGCAUGGGUGAUGCUGCCGACGAGUCAGAGACCUCUCAGCGCCUGCCAACUGCACUCCCAUCCUACCUCAAGAUUCCAACUGCCAUCCCCAGCUCUCAUGUCUCCCCUAGCUCUCCGCCCACUAGCAUCUACUCGCAGCAUUCGGAUCGCUUUCGUACACCUUCUGAACGCCAUCGUUCGCCUUCGCCAUCUCUCAUGCUUCCUCUCGACGACGCGCGCCCUGCCCACAUGGUUGCAGGCGCAGGUGCUGCAGCUGCAGUGCUCAACACCGAGGACGUCGUCAUCCCCCCAGGCGAUGCAAGCAAAGCAAGUUCACCCAUCGAUGGACGAGACGGCUUCUUUGAAACGUUCAAGGAAGGCUCCAAGCAACGGACCGGCCCUGAUGAAAUCAGUAUCGAUGAGGCACGGGCUGCAGAUAUCGAUGUCACGGAUCUGACCAGCAAUCCAGCCAACACCAACCCUGGCAGCGUAGCGAAAUUGCCGUCUCUCGAUGUAGCUGCUCUGACGGACGAUACGGAGCGGGCGUCAAGGGCACCCCAACGCACUUCUCAAGCCUCAGCUGAAGCUGCCGAUAUUGCUCCUGUGAGGUCUUCGCGCGAACCUACUCCAACGCCCUCGGACCGCGGUGCGCGCGCAUUGACGCCGACGAGGACAGGCGCGCCGAGCGGCCUGCGUUCUCUCUCACCAGUUGCUACUUCCAGCGGGCCCCCUACCCAGCCCAUCUCUGUCAAGCGUUCCCAUGUCGAUGUGCAAACAGGCGGCGAGAGCGGCUUCAACACCCCUCUGCUACCUCCAGGUCUCACAUCGGCUCCACCAAGUGCGUCCGUCCCUGGUGUCACUCCGCUCUCUCAAGUGUCCUCACCAGCUACAGUAUCCGAUCGUCCUUGCCCAUCAGGCCCUCCGCGUACACCGUCUGCGACUGGUAACGCCAGCCAACCUACCACUCCAGUCAGUGCAAAGCCUGGUACAGGUGCAGGUCCGCAUCAUGCUCAGGCUCAGGCUCAGACAGGUCAGCAACAGCCUCCUUUGAUGCCCAUCGUGCUGACAUGGCGUGCCGGUGGCCGCGAAGUCUUCGUCACCGGCACAUUUGCCAAUGAGUGGAGAUCCAAGAUCCUCCUGCACAAAUCCAAGCGUGAUCACACGUGCGUGCUUCAUCUGCCACCCGGCACUCAUCGUCUUAAGUUUAUUGUAGACGAUCGAUGGCGUGUCUCGCGCGACUUGCCUACAGCGACAGAUGGAGAUGGCAAUUUGGUCAACUAUGUCGAGAUACCCAACGUUGGGCCUGCCCAUCCCGGCCCGCUUAGCGCACCUGGUGAAGACCUGCCCGGCGCCGACGCCGACAGCGGUCGUAGCGAGCGCAACUCGAAGAUCGAGUCCAAGAAGACGACCAUGAACCUGAUCGAGGAGGCCAGGAGGGCAGAGGCCAUGCGUCUUGGACUUGAUGAUCUCUUCGAUGACGAUGGCAACGAUCAGGAAGAGACGUGGACAUCCGAGAUCCCUGCCGCUCUGAUCGAAGCACAAGAAGCCGAAGAGGCGCAGCGUGAGGCGGAAGAGAGCGGUCGGUCUGCCACCCACGCACAGCAUGGAAGUGAUGGGAACGGUACUCCGCUGCCGCAUCCGCCUGCAUUGCCGCGACAACUCGAAAAGGUAAUUUUGAAUUCAUCACCUGCCAAUCCGAGCAAUGGCACUAGCACGGGAAGCACUGUCGACGACAACAGUAUUCUGCCUGCUCCCAACCACGUCGUCCUCAACCACCUCACCGCUAGCAGCAUCAAGGGCGGUGUCUUGGCGGUAGGCACCACUACCAGAUACAAAAGGAAAUAUGUCACGACUGUAUACUACCGUCCCGUACAGGUCUGA